AACUGUAAAGCAUGCAUAUCUUGCUGCUUAUCACAGUGGGACUGAUCGUCUUAAGCAGUGGGAUGAUAGCCGUGGAGUCAAGGCUGCAGGCCAACGCUGGCGAGCUCUUCACAUAUAAAAUCGAGCCGCAGUUGUUUAAUUGGACUCAUCAGGAAAUCAGCGAAAAGUUCCGCUACAGACCAUCGCUGCAGGGGUUUCCUGAUAUGCCCUCCUUUAUGCGAUAUAAAUAUAGUCAUGAAUACCACGCUGGUUUUCUUUACGGCACACCUCCUGCAUCCAUGGCUGGCAAACAGCUGAACCUAGACAUAGUGGCCAUGAACCGCCAGAACUAUGAGACACGCCAUAUAGUGCUCUCCAUAUUCGUGGCCCAUAAAUAUCCCACGCCCAAUGUGGUUCAGAUGAAAAUUGAUAAUCUCAAUUGGGUGCAUUUCAUGGACAAUGGUCGACUUAUGGACUUACGCAACAUCUUUCGCAACGACCUCUGGCCCGAGUCCACAGAUCUGUCCGUGGUUUUUAUGGAAUCUGCGGUCAACAUGGGCGGACGUUUGCCGCUCCGCCCUCAACAACGCGAGGGCGUGAUUGUGCACGUCGGAAGCUUAGCUCAGUUCUCAUCGCGUCUCAAGGAGCUGCAGGAGGAGGUGCGUCCGCUCUAUAAGCUGCCUUCGUGCACCUACAAGCGUACAUCGGUGCAGAAGAUCUUCGAGAAUGUCGGUUUUAAAUUGGACUGGUGUGCGUUUAAGAUGGUGGGCGUGGAGUCGCCCACAGAGAUAUUAUAUCACAACCAUGGCAGCGGAAAUGGGCAGCAGAACGAGCCCACUUAUAUUGAGCAGCUGCGUAACAACGAACGCUGGCUGGGGAUUGCUCGGGAGGAUGUGCCAGUGCGGAAUUAUAUUGAUGAGUUCGCGUUUGCUUUCGCCAUUCCUGGAAUGAUUUUUGCGGUGCUGGUUGGCAUGCUGUCGGCGGUGCUUUGUUUUCAGCACGAAAAGUUUUCCGAUCCACAUUCUGAGUUUUUCUUUAACAACAUUUUUCACAUUUGCGAAGAGUCAUGCGCCAAGGCGCAGCCUGAUUCCGAGCUUGAAGAUGAGUCCGAAAGCUCCCUGCACUUGGCAUAUCCAUCUACGCUGUCAACCGUUCAAAUGGUUCAGUGUUUUGACGCCAAGCCCACGCAGCCAGUUACAACGCUUAAGAGCUUAAAAGAUCCAAACUUCCUUUUAGACAAUGCCAGCGUACGGUCCCUCAGUCCCCUUAAUAGCUUUUACCAAACGGAUUGCGCCGCCGCCGGCGCUUAUGCUCGACCCAAGCCUCCACCAUAUAAGGGCGGAACUUUGGGGCGCAAUGGUGUGGAUAUUUGACAAACAUCGCCAAGAGUGCUCUAUUGUUGAAGGGAACGCUUUAAAAAAUCCAAGUCCGGUCAACAAUUACUGCCGCUGAACAAUUAAGGAAGCAUUGUCAUCGUACUAGUAUACAUAGCGGAUAUUUAACUAUUCAUAUCAAAU